UUUUGAACUUGUAUGUACAAUACUUACCGGACUUGUCUGGCUCAGCCACACACACAGCCUCCUCUCUUCAUCCUACGCUCAUCCAAACCCUAAAAUUAACCUUAACCCCGACCCACCUAUCCCCAUAAUAUUUCUUCUCCAAAUCUCCUUGUCAUUUCCCCACGAUCCACACCGGAAAACCAUUCUCGGAGAUUCCCGUUACUAUUCAGGGCAAUCUUAUUUUUAUUUAUUAAUUUCUUAUUAAAAGAUCUUAUUGAUUUCCUUCUACUGAGUAGCAUCUCAAAUUUUCCAGGAAACAUCAAUUUUAAGUCCAUCUUAUCUGUUUUGAGAAAAUCUCGAUUUUGCGAUCUUCAGCACUUUACCUACAAUUGUCUUGGGAAUUAUAUAUAUAUAUAUAUAUAUUAUAUAUAUAUAUAUAUAUAUAAUAUAUAUAUAUAUAUAUAUCAUUAGACAAAAGUUUGUUUGUUUGAACUGGGAUUUGUGUUUUACGCUAACAAGUUGUCGAGAAAAAAGAAAAUAUGGUGGGAGGUGGAAACAGGAAGGACGAACAGUUGGUGAUAAGCAACAAUAACGUUUUCGCUGCUCUUGGAACCCUAAGGAAGAAAAAGAAGUCUGAUAAGGGAAAGAGCGCAGGGAGUUCAUCUUCUAAAAAUAUGAAGCAGCCUGACCCUGUUUUCUUGGCUCCAGCCCCAUUGACUGUCAAAUCGUGGGCAGAUGUUGAUGAUGAAGAUGAUGAUUAUUAUUACGCUACUACAGCCCCACCUCAGGUUGUUUGGGGAGCUGAUACUGCUAAUGAACAGCAUCACAAGCUAAAGGAAGCUGCAAUUCCAGUGGAGGAAAGUGAAAGUGAAGAAGAUGGUCUUGAUGAAGCUGAUGAUGGUAACGGAGGAGAACACGAGCAGGAACCUGAUUUAUCAGGGGAGAAGGAACCAACUGUUAAGAAACCUGCUGAACAUGUGGCACCCAAAGAGUCGGAAAGGCAGCUUUCAAAGAAGGAACUCAAGAAAAAGGAACUUGCUGAGCUUGAAGCUAUGCUUGUUGAAUUUGGAUUAAACAAAGCUGAGAGCAAUGAUGAUUCACAAGGUGCUGCACAGGAUAAGGUGGACAAACUCAAUGGAGAGAUGGCUAAAAAGGAUGAUAAUGUUCCCGGGGAGAGCAAGAGCGCAAAGAAGAAAAAGAAAGAGAAAUCAGCAAAGGAGUUUAAAGAACAACAUGAUGCAUCCAAUGGUGUAGAGCUUGGUAAUGGGACUAAUGGAACAGUGACAACCGAGAAAGGACAAGAUGCCCCUACUGUUGCUGCGAAGGACAAGGUAAAGAAAAUGGCAUCUCUUAAGAAGAAGAAAUCAAGCAAGGAGGUAGAUGCUGCUGCCAAAGGAGCAGCGAGUGAGGCUGCAGCAAGGAGUGCAAGGUUAGCUGCUGCGAAGAAAAAGGAGAAGAACCAUUACAACCAGCAACCCCUGCGGUAAAAUGUUUCUUGAAUUGGAAGUGAGCAUGUAUUUUCUUGUUCAUUAGUUAAAUGCUCAAUAAAAACAUCAGAAUCCGGUUUAAUGGAGAUAGACUCUUGGCAUACUACUUUUUUAUUUAUCAAUCUAAAAAAUAGAUUUACUGAAUGGUUGUGGUGGUCUUUUAUAUUCUGCUACUGGAUGGACAGUUCUUGUGAUGUUGCUAGCCAAUUUAAAUGAACUAAAAUUCAAUUUGUGUUCG